UGUAAUAAUUUUUUUAUUUAUGUUUGUUUUAUGCUUUUUAAAUAUCGUUUUAUAUUUUUUUAACGUAUGAUUAUUUAGUUGACAUUUAUUAUUAUUAUUUUGAUAAAGGUGUCGAGUUUUCAUUAAUGAAGCUGAUAUCUGACUUAUUGCUUGACUAUGCAUUAUUUUUGGACAUUUAAAUGCAAGCGAUUAUAAUUAUUUUGUUCCAUAUCUUCGCUUGUAGGAAAUGGAAUACACUAAACUUAAAGGUGAGAUCUUAUAAGUGAUUCAAUAUCCUGAUGAUGGACAAAAUCAUAGAUGCCGAUAGACGGCAGCGCUUGCUGCAUCUUGAAAAUUGCAUCAGGGAUGUUAGGUCCGAAAUCAAUGUUGAUGGCCUGUUAGAUACUGUUCAGGCUUUAUAUUUUGAUUGUGAUCAUCCAGCUUUGAGACGAAUGAAAAAUAUUGAAAAUUUUCUCAACCGCUAUGAAGGACCUGCAAAUGCUAUAUUAUCAUCCCGUAUGAAACCUGAUGAUUUUUCGGUCAUCAAAACUAUAGGCAGAGGAGCGUUUGGAGAGGUACAAUUAGUUCGACAUAAAUCUACAAAAAAUGUAUUUGCAAUGAAGCGUCUUAGUAAAUUUGAGAUGAUAAAGCGAUCUGAUAGUGCCUUUUAUUAUGAAGAAAGAUAUAUUUUAGCUCAUGCGAAUACUGAUUUUAUAGUGAAGCUCCAUUUUGCAUUUCAAGAUGAUAAAUUUCUAUACAUGGUCAUGGAUUAUAUGCCCGGAGGAGACCUGGUGAAUUUGAUGAGUAAUUACGAUUGUUCCGAGAGUUGGGCCAAGUUUUAUUGUGCAGAAGUUGUGAUGGCAGUUGAUGCAAUUCAUUCUAUGGGGUUUGUUCAUCGAGAUGUGAAACCUGAUAAUAUGCUUUUAGAUAGAAAUGGUCAUUUAAAGCUUGCUGAUUUUGGAACCUGCAUGCGAAUGGGUCCAGACGGACUAGUCCGAUCAGAUACUGCUGUUGGUACCCCUGAUUAUAUUUCACCAGAAGUGUUGAAAUCUCAAGGUGGGGAGGGGUGUUAUGGAAGAGAAUGUGAUUGGUGGUCUGUUGGAAUUUUCCUUUAUGAGAUGUUGCUGGGAGACACACCUUUUUAUGCAGAUUCUCUUGUAGGAACUUACGGAAAGAUUAUGGAUCAUAAAAAUUCGCUGUCUUUUCCAGAUGAUGCAGAAAUUUCUCGUGAAGCAAAACAUCUAAUAUGUUCUUUUUUGACUGAUAGAUCACAGCGGUUAGGUCGGAACGGAGUUGAUGAAAUCAAGCAGCAUCCCUUCUUCCGGAAUGAUAAUUGGACUUUUGAUAAUAUUAGGGAAUGUGUUCCUCCAGUAGUUCCAGAACUAUCAUCAGAUGAGGAUACUAGUAAUUUUGAUGAAAUCGAAAAUGAAGGUGGUGAAGAAAAUUUCGUUCCAUCUAAAGCUUUUGCUGGCAACCAUCUUCCAUUUAUCGGAUUUAGUUAUUCUGGUGAUUAUCAGUUAUUGUCUUAUGGUAAUGAAGUAAAUGGAAACGUAGAUCGUGUAGAUAUGUGUGUUGAUGCUAUGAAGAAAGUAGAAGACCUUGAAGGAGAACUACAAAGGGUAGUAAAUCUAAAUAUGGAGUUAGAAAGAAAAUAUUUGUUUUCAUUAAAUCAGAUUGAAACUUUUGCUUCGCAGCAAAAAGAUGUUGCUGUACUGCAAAACGAAAAUAGAAAAAUGGAAAAAAAUGUAGCCGUUUUUAAGCACGAUCUGAAAGAGGCUCAACGCAAACUUGAUCAUGAAGUAGAAAAUAGAAAGAAGGCAGAAUCCAAAGCAGAAGAAUAUUGGAACUGGAUUGAGCAUGAAAAAAAUUUACGCUCUCAACUUUCUACAUCAAAUCAUCAAAUGAAUGAAAAAGCUUCUAAUUUAGAAAAGGAUUUGCGAGAAUUGAAUGAUAAAUUAAAAUUGGAAGCUGAUAACAAUAUGAAGUUGAAAAAAUCCAAUGCUGAAUUAAAACUUAGCAAUGCCACAAAAGAACAAACAGUCCAAGAAUUAAAUGAAAAAGUUAUGUCACUCCAAAACUCAAAUAAAGCACAAUCUCAAAAACUAGCUAUGCUUCAGUCACAGCUUGAACAGGCAACAACUACAUGGAACAAGGUUUCUGACCAUUCACAAGAUUUAGAAAACCAUAAGCAAGUGCUCCAAAUGGAGCUUGAACGAAUGCAUGAUAGGGAAAGAAUUUUACUGUCAGAAAAUCGUGAUAUUAACAGUAAAUUUGUUGAGCUUGAGAAAAAUAAUGCGAUGUUGGAGCUAGAGUUAAGAAAUCUCCAGAAAAAGUAUGAUCAAGAAGCUACAGCUCACCGAGAAGAUAUAAAUGCCCUUACAGCUGAUAAAAAACGUUUAUUAUCUUCUACUGAAGAAGCUAAUUUGGAGGCUAUGAAAGCUUUACAAACAAAAUUAAAUGAAGAGAAAAUCUUGAGGCAUAAGUCUGAAAGUGUCAGCCAGGAAAAAGAAAGAGAAAUAUCGAUAUUGUCUUUUGAUUUUAGACAGUUACAACAACAAUUGCAAAAACUUCAAAGUGAAUAUGUGAAAGAAAAAGAUAAAGUUAAAAGCUUAUCUGUACAAAUUGAAGAAGAAAAUCAAAAACGCAAUACCAUACAAAUGGAGUUAACUAAUAGAUCUUCAGAAGUCACUAAGCUGAAAACCAAAGAAAAGGAGCUAAUCAAAGAAGCAAAUGAACUUAAAGAAGUUAAACGUAGCAUAGAAGAUGAACUUUACAAACUUAGAACUUUGAAAUCUUUAGAUGAUUUGCAAACUAAAGAGCUAAAAGAUCAAUUUGAAACUGAAAAUUAUUUUGCAACUUUAUAUAAAACUCAAGUUAAAGAAUUGAAUCAAGAAUUGGAAGAAAAACAGCAAAUAUUAAUGGAUUUUGAAAAUGAAAGAAAUAAUUUAUCGCAUCAACUGCAACUAGCAAUGGCACGUGCAGAUUCUGAAUCUCUUGCCCGUUCAAUUGCUGAAGAAACAAUUGCAGAUUUGGAAAAAGAAAGAGCUAUCAAGGAAAUAGAAUUAAAAGAAUUGAUGUCCAGACAUUGGUCAGAUUUAUCGAAUAAAGAUUCAUUAUUAUCAAGUUAUAAAGAAAAGGAGAAUGAAUACAAGAAAACAAUCGAAAUUCUAACUCGUGAGAAGGAAGAUCGAGGAUUCCAGUUGUUGUCAUUGCAAGAAGAUAUGAACAACUUAAAGAACCAGACUUCUAAUACAGAAGAGCAAAUUCAGCAACUAAACAAACAAGUACAACAGGAACGUGUCUUGAAAUUGCAGGCUGUUAAUAAAUUAGCUGAAAUAAUGAAUCGUAAAGACUGGACGGGAAAGAAAAACAAAUCAAGUGCUACUGAUUAUAGAAAGAAAGAAAAAGAAUGUCGUAAAUUGCAGCAAGAAUUAAAAGUGGAGAAAGAAAAAUAUAAUCAAACAGUUGCACGAUUACAGAAAGAAAUGUCUGAAUUGCAGUCUUUCCUGUAUGAUGAGAGUCAAACGAAAUUGAAGCUUCAAAUGGAGUUAGAUUCUAAAGAUUCAGAAAUUGAACAGUUGCAGCAAAAAUUGGUAUUUCUAAAUAGUGAGACUGAUAGUGUAAACAGUGGACCUGAUACUGAUUUAGAUGAUUUUGUUGAAACUCGCCUGGAAGGCUGGUUAUCUAUUCCCAACAAGCAAAAUAUUAAAAGGCACGGUUGGAAAAAGCAAUAUGUUGUAGUAAGUUCAAGAAAGAUAAUCUUUUAUAACAGUGAGGCUGAUAAAGCAAAUGCGGAUCCUAUUAUUAUUUUAAAUUUAAGUACAUUGUUUCAUGUGAGGUCAGUCACUCAAGGAGAUGUAAUUAGAGCUGAUGCCAAAGAUAUACCACGAAUUUUCCAAAUAUUAUAUGCUGGGGAGGGAGAAAGUAGGAAACCUGACAAUAGUCAUUUAGAAUUACAGAUGCCAAAAGAUUUAAUGCAGUCAGGUGUUAUAGAAUAUAAAGGUCAUGACUUUGUUUCAAUUCAUUUUCAUAUGCCUACAACUUGUGAAGUUUGCCCACGACCAAUGUGGCAUAUGUUCAGACCUCCUGCAGCUUUAGAAUGUCGGCGAUGCCGAGUAAAAGUUCAUAAGGAUCACCUGGACAAAAAAGAGGAAUUGAUAGCUCCUUGUAAAGUAAAUUAUGAUCCUAACACUGCCAGAGAACUGUUACUUCUUGCAAAUUCUGUUGAAGAGCAGCAAAUGUGGGUCUCACGCUUACGAAAAAAAUUGGAAAAGUCUGGCUAUGCUGCACAGAGAGAGGCUCGAGGUGGCUCGCCUCGAGCUUCUAUGCGAUCAACAACUAGGUACCAUCAUCAAAAGUCUGCUACACUCAUUAAUUCUACCUUGCCAUCUAAUGUUCUUACUGGUACAAUGUAAAAAAGGGAUUGAUUGUAGUAUACUUUAUAUUUUUUAGGAUCUAAAAUGCAGUUCUGUGUAAUAUGCAUUGAAGAAGUACUUUUGUAAAAAUCUAAAAGAUUGUUAAUCAGUUCCUGACAGUUGGUAACUAAAAUCUAACAAUGUAUUUAUUGUAUGUUUAAUAGAAUAUUUAUAUGAGAAAAGAUCUUUUAAAUAAUAUUUUAAAUAAUGCUAUAAAGUAAUUAUUAAUUAUAAAGGGACCAUAUGUUUAUUAAUUUAUCUAUAACAAUUACAAUGUUUUUGACAAAUGUUUCACUUGUUUUUUUUAAAUAUUUUUUUGGAUUUCUUUAGUUUUAGAAUGUCUUAAAUAUAUUUGAUUCUUAAAGAAAGAUUAUCUAUCUAUAGGUAUUGUUUUCUCUUUCAAUUGUAAUAGAUGUCCAGGGACAUUAAAUCAAAGGUGCAAUAAAAGUUUGAGUUUUGCUACUCUGUUUUUGGAACAUUUAUUUAUUAGUAUUUUUUUUAAUUUUUUUUUUCCCUACUAAGUAUUUUAUUAUUUAUUUUAAAAUUUAAGU